AUCCUCCAAAUCCCUCCGCCGCCGCCAGUUUGUCCCUCCUCGAUCUCUUCCCUGCCCUCCACCUGCCCAACCAGCCACAUCCUCAUCGGGAUCCCUCCCGAUCCGCCCAACCAGAUCAGCCGCCUUGCGGCGCCCUCGCUCUCGAGCUCCAACAGGAUCUGUGCGCCCUGGAUCCCCUGCUUCGAGCACCUCCUGGAGCCCGACCAUGCGCGCCCUCAAGCCCCUGCCCCGACCACGAGAUAAGCCCCGCUGCCCUUGUCCUCCUCCUGUGGUUUCUCUACCUUCCUCGUCCUCCUCCCUCUGUUGUCUCUCCUAGCCACUCACCCUCUCCUAUUCCUCUCUGUCAGGAGACGCCAUGGCCGCCCCUUGGUGCUUCGCAUCGCGCCCGGCCAUCAUCCUCAACGCCUGCGAGUUCCUGUUGCAUCACCGUCGCCCGUACGAGACCUCAUCUGCCUCCCCUGCAUCACGCCUCGUCGCUGGGAGCUCUCGCCAAGUCCGCCUUCCGUCGACCACAGCCCAGCCACUCCCAGUCCACAUGGCCUCCCGUCCGCACCGUCCCACGCCAGACCUCGCCGAAAACUCGUCGUCGGCCUUCCCUACCUCGGCCAAGUGGGGAUUCGGCGCCUCGCCGCCCGGAUCCAGCCGUCUCCGCUUCGUCCGCGCCACCAACCCUGCCUCGCUCGCGUCCGGGUCCAGCCGCUGCUGCCCUCCCGACCUCCGCAUGUCCCGCGAUCCUGCUGAAGCCGCGCCAAGUUCUGUCGCUGCUCUGCAUCGCUGCGUGCAGCUGAUCCAGUGGCGUCCCAGAGCCCGCGUGUGCGCAAGGCUAGGGGUGCCCAGCUCCUUCCGCUUACCCAGCCAGCCAAGGGCCAGCAUCGCCAUGGCCGCCGGCCUCUGCUUUUCCCGUUGUGCAAAGAGCCCAACCAUGCUGUAGAAGCCGUCAAGAUGGCUUUGAAACCACCAGAUCAGCUUCGUCGGGCGCCCCGGUGUCUCCAGUUCUCCACAUGAGACUAAUGUUGAAUGGCAAUGCAAAGUUACAGUUUUACCUCUUAUGUCGUGGUACUCCAUAAUUUUUUUUGCGGGUACACAGUAUUUGAUGGGUAGUAUUGUGAGUACUACUCGAUCUAGUCCGUUAGAUUGCAAAUAAUAGAUGGUCCAACUUACUUCAUGGUAUUGGAAAUGAGCUCUUUAAAAUUUUAAUUAAUCUAAAACUUUCUUAAGUUUGUUUUUCCCUUGUAAAUAGAUGAAAAUAAUUUUAAUUAUCAGUUUUAAAAAUGUUUGCAACUUUUUUGAAAAAAUGUUCAC